AUUAGUAUCGCCGGUGCAAUGCGUAUCGUUGAUUUCUUUUUUUUAUAUUAUUUUUCGCAAAAAAAACGUAAUUUAAAAACUGGGCUCACUUAAAUCUACUGAUUCGUUUCAGAAAGGAUUUAUUACCAAUCAAGAUAAUCAUAAACGUGAUGGCUCCAGGUGCAUUGGAACAGAAACAAAUGAUUUACUCGUCGACUAAAUCGCAGUUAAGUUUGACGUUAAAUAAAAACGAUGUUCACGGAAUUCAACUUCCGAAGAUGCUGUCAUCACUCAUCAAGUAAUCUUAUGAUUAUACACAAAUCGAUUAUUUUCCCUUGAUAAAAACUCACUGGGAUAUCAAGAGUGACAACUACAUCUUUAAGAAAAAUUUCAACGAUCUGAAUCUGAUGCAGGAAGCUAUGCUGCUAGAAAAUGUAAUAAACAUUUUUUUGUUGGUGGAGAGUCUGAAUUUGGAAAAUCCUGAUUAUGUGAUCAAAAAUAGCCUGAACAAUAUCAAGCACGUAAUACACAUAUUUAGGCGUCAAGAGAAGAGGACGACUAGAGAAUCAAAAUUUAUUACUGGUUUACUUGAACAAUUAUUUGUACACAGUGAAAAUAUGUGUAUGGAUGUAAUCGAGUGUGGUGGUCUAGAGAUAAUUCUCGAAGAAUGCCGUAGCCGAGAUACCACGACUCUGCAAAAUUGUGCACGUGCACUGGCAAACUUAUCGCUGUUUGGCGGUGCCAAGAUUCACAAGUUGAUGAUCCAUCAUCACGCACAUACCUGGCUGUUUACGUUGGCGUUCAACGCGGACGAUAACGUCAAGUAUUAUGCUCUACUGACUGCGGCUGUUUUAGCAACUGACAAGGAUAUUAAAGCGGCUAUGGACAACUGUGAUACCCUGAAUUUAAUCGAUCCUUUCAUCGCCACACAUUUUACGGCGGAUUUCGACAGAAUUGAUAGGAUGAUUGGCCGAUGCCAAGGUGAAGACUGUCGUUGGCUGCAACGGCUCGUCCCAGUUUUGAGCUGCGACCGUCGUGAGGCACACACUUUGGCAGCGUUCCAUUUCAGCAUAAAAGCGGGUUCCCAAAGUCAGAGUCUCCGUAGCAGAACCGCUGAAACUUUCAGGACAAUCGGCGCCAUUGUACCACUGAAAAAUUUGGCGGGUUCCCUCAAUAAUGUCACUUCUGAGUUAGCGGCAAAAGCGUUGUGGUGGAUCGGUGAACAAGUGCCGCGAUCACUCAGCCAGGAAGUACCACGGUGGACAGUCAAUGAUGUCCUCCAGUGGGCCAAGAGUGUUGGAUUUGAAGAAUGUGCAGAAAGCUUAGCGGAAAACCAGAUAAAUGGCGAUUUAUUGUUGAAGUUGACCGAGAAAUGCUUGAAAAUAAAUAUCGGAUUGUACAACGGAAUUAUGCGAAAAAGAUUUACGAGGGAAUUACACAAAUUAAAACAAUUAGCUGAUUAUAGCUGUAAAGACCCGACCAAUUUAAACUCGUUUUUGCAAUCAAUUGGGCCAGAAUUUUCCGUCUAUACGUAUUCUAUGUUGAAUGCUGGAAUUGACCAUGAUUCUAUUAGUUCUUUAACGGAUGAUCGCCUCGCAUACGAAUGUGGAAUCGAAAACAGCAUUCAUCGUAGCAUUAUACUAAACUCUAUAAAAGGUGAACGUUGACAAAUUGACCGCAUAAUUAAUAAAUCUUAAAUUUACUUUAGGUAAGUGAAAAUAAUAACCAAUAUUUCUUCAUAAUGUAAAAUGUAAAAAUGUAUGCUUUAUGAUACAUACACAUUUUCUCGAAUCUUGAUUGAUUUAAAAUAUUAUAACAAAUAUAGUAUGUAAAAUAUAUUAUGCUAAGUUACAAAUAAUUAUGUAAAUCCACAA